UAUACUCGUACUAUCCUCUUUCAGUGGAGGACAGGCAGUAAGUCAGAGAUUUCAGUGAUUUCGGUGAAUAAUCAUAUACAGAGCUAUACAGAAUGCGGCUUAUUCUCGUUGGGAUAUUGCUGGGGCUGGUUUACAGUUGCAGUGCGACAAUUAGCGGACCCUUCCUAUUCUGGGGCCCCGACAAGGUGGCCAGCUUGCAAGCCCAGGUGCUAGUUGAGGCCAGCAGCAGGGAACACCCGCUGGCGCAAUUGUUCGGGGAGGCCAAGGCCAUCGUAGUUUUCGUAAGGAACACGACCAGUCGCCUGGAAGGCACCAAGUACCCCAGGUUCCAGAAUCUGGUGAAGAGUGGCACUUGGACCUAUCUACCAGAGCGCAGCCUGGCGACCGAGCCUUUUAAGUACAAUGCCAACAUUGAGGUCAUAAGCCUGUCUGGACACGGGGAAGAAGACGACGCUGAGAUUGUGACGGCAUACAAUGACGCUUUGAGGAUAUACGGGGAUGGUGAGGUUCUUGGAAUCCUAGCCAGUCGUGAGGAGGAGGCACACUUCCUAGCCAAACGUGAAACCGCCGAGGAAGAAUCCAAAAAGACGACUGAGGCAGCUCCUGCUGACGCUGCCGAGGAGACAGAGGCCAGCUUUAUUUACUUAGCCGAAGGAAACAAGGCGGUUCUCUCCCUAAACGGUCCGCCCGAGCUGCGUCUUACCAACGAGACAUUGCGCCUGGAGGAGCACAUCAAGCAGAUAACUUUCGACGACCAGCACGCCAAGGGCUACGGUCGCCUCAGCAUCACCUUUAUGCACAGCGGCGAGAAGUGCACGCUCCGCUUCAAGUUCUCGCUGGCGCGUGGCACGUGGAUCCUGCGAAACGUGGAGGUGGAGUACAGGGAGCUCAAGAGCGUACUCCUGGCACGCGGCGACGAAUACACUCUGCCCUCGGCCCCGCUGGGCUUUUCCUAUCGCUGCUCCGCCAACGACUUGAGCUUUGUCAACCCCAACAAAAACGAGACCCUACAGAGCCUCAUCCUGUCCGACUUCCAGGUGCAGCCCUGGCUCAACGGGCGCAAGGAGUUCGGCGAGGUAUACGAUUGCGUUGGCUUCAUCUCUGCGCCUAUCCUAUCAGGUCUCUUUGUAGUCACCCUCCUGCUCGGCAUCCUAGGCCUCGGAAUCUCCGCCAUGCUCAGCAUGCAUACCCCAAACCGAUUCGAGAGCUCUCGCAGCAAGCAGUUGACCUUCACGGUCCAGGAGUAGGCAAUCUUCUUUCCAUACAUUUUUAAUUAAAUCUUAGCUCGCUGCGAAAUGUUUGUCUUGAUCAGUUACAUGGCUGUCAACCCUUUGGUGCUCUUCACCUUGGCCAUUUGAGCUGUUUCUAAUCCAUCUGCUCUUCGUGCUGAUCGUGCUCUACGUCUAUGUUCUUUGGUAUUACUGAAGCUCAUACUGGACUUAAUUGAAUACAUUCUAGUCAAACAAAAAUAUAUGCUAACUAACUAAAUUCCACUUGGCUUUGUUAUUAAAUACUCCUACACUAAUUGUAAUUGUACUUACACUAACAAAUAUAUCCGCAUCUCAACCCCA